CAAUUCGCUUCAACACCCGUCGUGCUGCUGUUGCUAUUGUGGCGCUGCUAAGAGCAGCAGCAGCAGCACUUCCAGAAGGAGGGGAGGAGAAGCUGCGCGUACACCGCAGAGCAGCAGCAGCUGCUGCACGUGCAGCAGCGGAGUGCUACAGCAGCAGCUGCAGCAGCGCGCAGCAGCAGCAGCAGCAGCAGCAGAUGCUGCACACAAGCAGCACUCUGCCACUGCAGCAAUGCGAGGAGACAACCCGCGGGGAGCAGCAGCCGAAGCAAUACGAGCAGCGACAAAAGCAACAGCAGCAGCAGGAAGUGCUGCACCAGCAGCAGCAGGAAGUGCAGCACCAGCAGCAGCAGAGGCAAUACCAGCAGCAGCAGCAGGACGUGCGGAAUAAUCAGCAUCAGCAUCAGCAGCAACAGCACCAACAGCAACAGCAGCAGCAGCAGCAGCAGCAGCACCAGCAGCAGCAACAGCAGCAGCAGCAACAGCAGCAGCAGCAUACCUGCAGCACUGCAUCUAUCUCUGGAACUGCUGUUGGCUUUGCUCCGAAGGCAAUGGCGAUAAUACGCCCAAAGUAA